UUUGACAGCGGUUCCUGCAGCAGCUCCUGUAGUAGGAGGAGGGAAUGAUGAUGAUAAUGGGAGGGGAGACACAGUAGAGAGUAUCAACAGCAGGGCUCUAACUAAGCGUGCAGUGUGCUCGCUCCCUGAUGAAACUUGCUCCUGUUCGAUGUUAAAUAUGCGCUACGUCGACUGAGAGCAGUUUCUGUAUAUUUAUGAAGUAAAUUUGAAACUCUCACUUAUGAUUAAGGCUGCUUUGGGCAAGUUUGGACUAAGAAGAUUGCGGACCUAAAAGCCAAGGUGUGGAAAGUUUAAAUGGACCUUAAAUGAGCUGAUGUCUGAGCCAUGAAGGUGGCCCUGGAUUGAUGGAUUUCAUUGAUUCAAAUGAUUUUUUAGGACGACUAAUAUACAAUGGGUGUCGAGGACUAAUUAAAUUUUCUUUUUGAUCCACGCACUGGCUGAGAACAAAAAAUGUGACCACCUGCAUUUUAUUCAACACCGUCUUCUCUUUAUAUUAAAAGUCGUAUGUUUGAGUCGGACUUCACCUUGAAGAGAAAGGAAUGAACGGCUGAAUUUGGUCUACAAAACGAGUCUAAAAUAGGAGCACCCAUGGAUUGAAGGACUGUACUUUCAGCUUCAAGUGAAAAGUGCCUCAAGCAAGGUUGGGAGAUGUGUGAAGGAGUGUGACGGACGGCCAUGGGACUGGAGAGCCGGUGGCUUCAGGCUGUCACCACUGCUGUAGCCAUCUGUCUGCUAAGUGUGUCUCAAGGUGUGUCAUCACUGGUUCGUGCCAGAGAGGGUGGCUCUGCAGAGCUGGCCUGCACUCUCACUCCUGACUCCAAAGAAGGCACCACCCCAAACCUCUUUCCUCUACAUGUGGUGGAGUGGGUGCGCCUUGGUUACAACGUUCCCAUCCUCAUCAAAUUUGGAGUGUACGCGCCUCGUGUUCAUCCAAACUAUAAGGGCCGCGUGUCUCUAACCCGGGGUGCCUCUCUGCUGGUGGAACGGCUGACCCUGGAGGAUGAGGGCUGGUUCGAAUGCCGCAUCCUGCUCCUGGACAGCAAAACAGACGACUUUCGUAAUGGCACAUGGACCUUCCUCUCCAUCACAGCUCCACCUGUGUUCAUCAAGAAACCACCAACUUUUGUGGAGGUUCUGCUGGGAGACUCACUGACGCUCAGCUGUGGAGCCCAUGGCAACCCUCGACCAACUGUUGUUUGGCAUAAAGAUGAGAGUCCAAUUGAGAAACAUGAAAAAAUAAAAGUGCUAAAUGGUACCUUGUCUUUGGCCUCCGUCACAAGAAAUAUUUCAGGAGUGUACAAAUGUCACGUGUCCAACUCAGAGGGGAACCUGACCCACUCUACGCAGCUGCAGGUCAAAGGUCCUCCAAUCAUCAUCAUCUCCCCAGAGGACACCACUCUCAACAUGUCCCAGGAUGCCGUUCUGCAGUGCCAGGCUGAUGCCUAUCCCUCGAAUCUCACCUAUGAGUGGCUGAAACAAGGACAGAAUGUUUACCAUAUAGAGUCCCUUAAGUCCAGAGUGAAGAUUUUGGUUGAUGGAACACUUCUUAUCCCUAAUCUCAUCCCAGAAGAUGCUGGCAACUACACCUGUAUCCCAACUAAUGGGUUAUUGACGCCACCCUCUGCCUCUGCACAUCUGAAAGUGAAACAUCCUGCACGUGUAGGCAGAAUGCCCCGGGAAACAUACUUGCCUGCGGGCAUGGAGGGAGUCAUUGUCUGUCCAGUCCAGGCUGAUCCACCUGUGCUGUAUGUCAACUGGACCAAAGACGGGAACAAUUUAAAUCUUGACAAUUUCCCAGGCUGGAUGGUGAACUCUGAGGGCUCUGUUUUUAUAGCAACAGCCAAUGACAAUGCUGUUGGCAUGUACACCUGUACUGCCUAUAACAGUUAUGGCACUAUGGGCCAGUCUGAACCUACACAGGUCAUUCUGCAGGACCCACCAUCAUUCCGUGUACCUCCUCGGCCUGAGUAUCUCCAGGAGGUGGGCAGAGAUUUGAUCAUCCCUUGUGAGGCCAGUGGAGACCCCACUCCAAAUGUAACGUGGAGCAAGAUUGGCCCGACUCCUCGCUCUCCAUACACUGUGCUGGCCAAUGGCUCCCUCCUGCUGCAGCCACUUAGUAAAGAUCACCAUGGGGGCUGGGAGUGCCUGGCCACUAAUCGUGUAGCAACUGUCAGUGCAGGCACUGUGGUCAUGGUACUGGGCACCAGUCCUCAUGUUGCGUCCUCUAUAUAUGUCACCACGGAGAUGAACCAGGCCAACGUGUCCUGGGUGCCUGGCUUUGAUGGUGGAUACACCCAGAAGUUCACAGUGUGGGUUAAGCAGGCAUCCAGGGGGAAACAUGAAUGGGCGUCGUUGCCUGUUCCCACGUCCAAAAACUACCUGCUAGUGACUGGGCUACUUGCUGGCACCGGCUAUCAAUUCAGUGUCCUGCCUCAGAACAAACUUGGCUCUGGACCUUUCAGUGAAAUUGUUACUGUGCGAACACAAGCUGUGCCAACAGAAGCACCUACAGCUGUGACCACUCUCCCAAUCCUGGAUCCUCCCAUACUACUGUCAGCCAACCGGACUGGACAAGGUGUUCUCCUCCAGUGGUCGCCUCCGGAAGCUCCAUCCUCUCCACUGACAGGCUAUGUGCUACAGGCCCGCAGGGAUCAGGGCCAGUGGGUCAUCCUCAGCAGCAACAUCAGUGCCAAUCAGAGUGAAUUACUUGUACAAGGAUUGUUAAGGGACUCCAUUUAUGAUCUGAGGCUGAUGUCUCGCAGCAACAAAGUACUCAGUGAACCCAGUGAGUCUGUCAAUGUAUCCACCAUAGGGAUGGAGAUUUACCCCCUGCGCCCUAGUUUCUUGGAGGUCAUCCCCGAGCCCCUGCUGGCUGGUGUGUUAGGAGGAGUGUGUUUCCUGUUUGUGGCCAUCAUCCUCUCGCUGGUGACAGCGUGCUAUAUGAGUCACAGGAGACAGCGUCUGCGCCGAAAGAGAAGACAAGAUCUGCCAUCUGCCUUCCAGAAGAACUCGUCUCCAGAAGCUCGCUCGCCUCCUCGUAGCCCAGACAGUGUCCUAAAGUUGAAGCUGUGCCCACCGCUUCCGUUCUUCCCAAACUCGUCCUCCUCACAGUCCGAUCGGUCCUCCUUUGAUAAAGGCAGCCGUGGGGAAUACCACGACCAGCGGAAACAGCUCUUGUCCAACUCAUCUCCACCACCUCAUUACACACUCUUUGAGAGUCACCUUGGGUCUCAGGCACCCUCACCAACUGCUCUGGAGUCCAUUUCCAGAGGGCCAGAUGGACGCUUCAUUGUCCAGCCACUGCCAGAGGGUUCCAGUCCCUCCAAUAAGAAAAACUUGAGGAAGGAUGUCCUGCAAAGUAACGGUGGGGCAAGUGGCUCAGGGAGCAACCGGACGUCAUUCAGGGACUCUCCAAAAUCCAGCAUCUUGAGCUCAGAGAAGGACGAGAGGAAGGAUUCUCCUCUCACUGUGGACGUCCCAGAGCUGAGCAGGCCUCCUUCUUCUCCUGGUAGAGUACGGGCCAUGGCCAGAAACUUCUCCCGUCACGGCUGCUUUUACUCUGACGAUGAACAAGGCUCGGAGGCCCUGCUGGAAAGAGCCAGCUUCUAUUCAGACAACAGUGAGAAAAAACCCAGUGAUUCUCUCAGGAGGCAUCGCAUGCCAGGCCACAACGAAGAUCUGUUCCCCAGUUUGGGCAGGAGAACAAAGCUUCUGGAUAGAGAUAGAAACAGACCUCACCAUUCAGGCUACCAGCCUAUGGAAAGUCACCUGACUAAUAACAGCACCCUGGUCUCGCAGCUAGACAGCGAGCUGGAGAUGGAUAGCAUUAACAAGUGUGUCCAACUGGCAAAGGAGAGGGAGGAAAUGGAGAGGGAGCUAGAGAGCUAUACAGCCGAUCAGAGAAGCCGUGGUCAUGGAAGAGAUGAGCGACAGUCUAAUACAACAGACAAUAUUCAAAGGGAUGCUGUGAAGUCAGAGGAGGAGCCAAUAUGGAAGCCACAAGAUGUUACUAUCAGACAGAAACACAGGCCCUCGGGUCAGACAAGUCGGGUAUCUGACUAUCGGAGGGCUUGCUAUUUUGGGAACACCAGCAGUCCCAUGGACCGGCUCCCCACGUCUCGUAUACAGUGGGACAUAAGCCCAGUUACCUCUGUCACCAGCCUCAUUCCUGUACAGACUCCCCAGGAAACCACAUCACCAAGAUCACAUCCUCGCACAUGUAGGGAAAUCUCAGGAGAUUCUCUCACUGUUGAUUCAUCACGCUCUCCAGUCACCCAGAACACCUCUCUCCCCAUGCUCUCCCCUGACAUCACCUCAAAAAGCCCACUUGCUCUGUGCUUAGACACACCGCACAGAGCCAGGUCAUUAAGUCCUCAGAGAGAGCCAGAUAUAUGCAGGAAGUCCAUGACUGAGCAGGGCUUCCAGGAAAAGACACAGGAGGGAGGUGUUGCUUCAAGGUCCAGACAUUCGUAUGCUUAUGCGGGCACUCAGCACUGGGAUUCAGCUGCCAGAAGCCCUUCAGCCGACAGUGAGAGGCCUCAAAGUUCAGCUUCUGCACCAUAUAAUCAGCCUGAGAGAACUGCAGACAGUUACGCAGCCACAAGGGAUCCCAGUCCCUCAAGUUAUUCUACCUUACCCUAUGAACAUCAUGAUGUAGGGGCAAAGGCCAAAGACAGAGAGACUCAGGGCCGGGGUGAUCGCUGCAGUUCAGGGUUUUACUCUGAGUUAGAAAGAGAGGGUGUUCGAACACGGUCCAGGAGAAGUGACAAAUGUCUUUUCUCUGAUAGUCCCAGCCCUAUUACAACACUGACUCUUGUAGAAGAGGUUGAGAGUGACCAGUCCCAAUUUUCUGUGCCCAGAAUGUCAGAGUCUUUGAAGGAUAAGCCUGCAGCCCCAUCUCCCAAAAUGUCCCCGCUGCAGACAAGUGCAAUUCUUGAGUACCUGAGCCUUCCAGGUUUCAUUGAAAUGAGCGUAGAUGAGCCUGAGGAAGAAGCUGAAGUCACAGACACUGCUGGACAAAGUUCAGAACUAAAGCCAGAGACAUCUCUGGUGGCUAAGCCUGAUGUAGUUCCUAAAAACUGGGAGGUUCAUGUUCAAGAAAACCGGAAAACGGACUCGAAACAAAAGGAGGUUUGCUUUGAACAAACUCAUUCUGUGGGUGCUGCAGAGCCCCACUUUGAUACUAGUAGAGGACAAGGCCACAAAAGCUCCCUCCAUGUGGAACCUAGAGACUCUUCACUUAGAGUAAGAUUUCCAGAUGAGACAAGACCACCAUCACGUGGUCCAGAGAAAACUAGUAAGCAACUCUAUGAUGAGAAAACACAAUUUCGAGACUGGAAUAAAAGCACAGACAGACCUGAAUCCAGACUUGGGUCCAGGUCAGCUCACACAUUAUUCAGUGCAGCUAAAGGCAUGGCAGAUAUAGUGUCAAAACACCCCCAGAGUUUUGUUGACAGUAGUGAGUCUUUAUCAGAGCAAUCCCAAAGACAAGCUUCUCAGGGCAGCAGGACUAAUAACAUUGCGUCACGGAUAUGUCAAGCCCCGGUGCCAUUUCUAAAGAAAUCCUUAAGUCUAGGCCCUUGUAGGACGCUCUCAGGUAUGGUACAGCCUCGUCCUUUCCUGAAGAAAUCCAUCAGUUUAGGCUCACAGAGGUGGGAGCACUUUGAGAGCCCAAGGACAUAUAUUUCAGAGAAGUGUUACUGGGACGAGUUCCCAAACCCAGAUGUCAGGGUGAAGUCCUACAGUUUGGGCCGCACUCCAUCUUCCUUUCCCAGGCCAGGCCCCUCCUGGAGGGAGUAUAUCCCAUUCAGACGCCCCAGCAUGGGGAGCUUAGAGAGGCCUCACCACGCACAACGGUCUUUAGCUAGUCCUUCCUACCUCACUCCUAUGUACCCACCCAGACAAACCUCAAUCUCCCCAAUGCUGGAACCCUCCGAUCCACGACGGCAAGCCACUGUCUUCCCCGAGUCUGCCAGGUGGUCUCCCUCUUACCAAGAAACUCUGAGGUCUGCCCAGCAUAAAUAUGUCCCCAUGCCCUCCUCCAUCCCUGUGCCCCAAUACCAACACUGGCCAGGUUCCAGAGGGGAAAGCAUGAGACCUGUGGACCCCAGGAGGGGCCCUCCGAGGUCCUACCUGCCCAGGGGCAUCAGCUGGCCCUCCCCUUAUUACGCCCCCUUCCCACCCAGGGAGGGAGAGAUUUACAGACAGCCAGACAGGUUGAUGGGAAGGGGAGGGGAGACUGAGAUCCGCGAGGUCAGAGAUAUCAGGGAGGGAGGGAGGGCCAGUUAUGCCAGUCAGAGCAGCGGUAGGGGUAGCGCUGGUCUCUUCCGGCAGUCCAUGUCCAUCACUCCCACACUACUCAGCUCCCCCGAAACCACAGAGGAGAGCGAGCGGCACAGAGCUGAGAUGGAGCGGCCUGAGAGGAGAGCGAAAAGAAGGAACACAUCAGUAGAUGAGAGUUAUGAGUGGGACUCUGCUGAUGCCUGUGUGGACUCAGAGGUCCUGGACGCCAUGAGGUUUGAUCAGUCACAAAUGGGCUUUCGAAGAGGAAGGGGUGAGCUCAGAUAUGAUCAAACUGGUGGCCUCCAGGACCAGCAACAGAAAGGCCCAUCUCCCUCAGUCAGCCCGCCAGUUUCCAACCCGCCUCGCUGCCAGUUCAGCCGCUCCCUAAGUGAGGCACGCUUCAACGCUCUCCGCCAGGAGUAUCAAGAGUACAGGCGGGCUCAGGAAUCCAUCUGUUCCCGUGAGCCCUGUCUCAACCCUGGCCACGAUUCAGACUCUGACUCCAACUCCGCUCUGCUCUAGCAGCUUAACUCGGUAUAUCUAAGACAGAUACCAAAUAGCAGUUUUAAUGAAAAGAUGACAGCACUGUGGUCCUGGACACUGUUCGCCUCGCUGGAGCGCUGUCAUGUGAAAGAACUCAUUGUUUAAAGUUUUUAUCCUCUGUUACGGCAGACUAAAGUGAAGCAUUUUAAAAGAGAGAGUACUAUGCUGUAUGGCGUCAGAUAUGAGAGAUAGCAACUCCUCAGUUCUUAUCUGAUGACAUAUUCGUUCCACUGUGCUUUGCAUAAUGAAGCUGAGAAGGGAUUAUUUAUUUUUCUGAGAAGCUUGUGCAACUGUAUUUGGGGAUUUUGUUUUUAAACCAUGACAAUCAGGCACACAGGGCCCCUUUGAGAAAUUAAAUGCACCCUUGACUAAGACAGGUUUACUGUUGAGAGAGUUGAGAAAGACCCGCUUUAUAAAAGCAGCAGCAUGCUACAUAAUGAAGGCUGUAUAUCAAGUUUAUGUCUAUUGCAUCAAAGACUCCCCUUUAGUGAUAAAGGGAUGCUAAUGACAAUUAUGUAGGUCUGUGUUCUAGAUAACAUCUGUUUGUGGAAAUGUUGCCUGUGUUCCCAAUCAAACAGUGCUCACAGCAUUUUCACCAUCUCCCUCUGAGUAUUACAAAAGUACUUAAAUGGUAGUACUUAAAGAUCACAUGAUAAAGUAACUCUGAUCAUUAUAAUGUGAUACAAAAGCUCUUAUCAGUUCAUGUUCCCUAACUUUCAUAACUCUAAACAAUAAUUCCUUAUAUUUAAAAGAUGAAUUUACCACUGUGAAUUUACCUGCUAUUCCCUGAAAUCAUUUCAUGUUUUAUACAUAUUAUCUGCCACAAUAACGUUCCCCUUUUGAGACUUUAUUAAUCAAAUCAUUUAACAUAGCCUCCCAGUAUUUGUUCAAUAUGUAAAAAUGUUUAUAUGUACCUUAAUGUGAAUGGACCCUGCUGUUGUAUUGUAUAUUCCUCUUCAUUAUUUCAUCAGAUGAAAAAAAUGCUACUUCACUCCACCUGAAUCGGUCAAACUUUGCCUCUGUGAUUAGAUAAGAGAUUCUUUAAAACACAGGGGAGAAUGAUUUUUGCCUUAUUUUUGUUAAUGUCACAAGUUGAUUAAUCACUAGUUGAUUGACCCUGGAAGGGUUGAGCUGAUGAGCUCAUCAGACAAAAGUGAUUAGAGGAUUAAAAAUGAUUGAACAUUUUUUUAACCUAAGUUUUGCUCACAUGAUAAGUAUUUCUGUAUAUUUAUUGAGGUGAGUUAUGAUAUGCAACAAUGUUUACAAUUCACAUCACUGGUGUGAAGGCAACACUGUGAAUAUUUCAUUGACUUCUGAUUCUGUGUUUGAAUUACAAGUCUUGUUAUGAAUUUUGUGCCCAUUACCCUACUUUUUUUUUUUUCUAAUUUUCUGUUUUUUACUGAAAAAUGACAAAAGCUGUUUUUGUAUGUCACCUGACAAACAGAGAUAAGAAUAUCUUUGUAGCUAUACUUUGGAAAAAUUCAAUAUUUGUUUUAGAUUUUAUUAUAACCCAGAUGAAUAUGGAGUGAGUAUGCAUUUCUGAUGAUGGUUUUUGGAAGUUUUGUACAAACUGGAAAUUUUUAUAUCUUGCCACCUGGUUGUUUUUGUCAUUUUUAUAUGUUUGUAAUGAAUAAAUUGUUUUAUUCUUAAUGUACGAGACACAGAGUGUUGUGUUU